AUGCCAGCUUUUCGCACACGUUCCGGAUCAAGGGAUGGUCCCAACAUGACGGAGCCGAUCCGAAGAGUAGUUUCCUCUGAUCAGAACGAAUCUUCUUCUUUGAAGGAACCACUAUUGUUGAGCAUGGUAGAGAGUGGGGAACUAUCCAGGACCGCUUCCGUCAAAAGUCGCUCACCUUCCAUCCACCGACAGAGUCUCAGCCCAACGACCGUGAUGAUGCUGGACAACAACAACAACACCACGAAUACCCUCAAGUUGCCUGCUUUGCCCACCAACAGCAACAACACUGUCAGUCAUACUACUACUUCCCCUACAUCCAAACGCUGGUAUACACCUCUUUUGGUCAGCAUACGUCACAAUCCAGAUUCCUUCUCCAUCGGAAUUGCUCUGUCUGUUUGGUAUCUCGUGGGUGUCAUUUCCAUCUGCACCACCAAACUGCUGCUCAGUACGCCUCUCGAAGAAGGCGGGGUUCCUUGCCCACUCAUUCUGACACUACAGCAAUUGUUCCUGGGAAGUUUGAACAUGAGAGCCUUUCUGUGGGUCAAGGGAAAGUUCACAGCCGGUGGAGUGGGGGUUCAGCCUUGGCCUGCCGAACCGGCCAUGAUGGACGGCAGCAGCAACCAUAAAUGGUUCCAAUCUGCAUCACUAGUGGUGGACUUUUUGCUACUAUCGGGGCUUUUUAAUGGACUCGACUUUCUGGCAUCCAAUACAUCAUUUUCCCAUUCAUCGGCAUCCUUUGUGGAGACCAUCAAAGCAAGUGAGCCAAUCACCACGGGUGCUCUGGCUAUUUGGUGGGGGAUAGAUCGACUGGGCAAAAUGGAGACCGUCUCCUUGACCAUUCUGAUCACGGGAGUUUUGAUUUCUACCUAUGCCAAUGCUACUGCCAACGAUGCUGCAGUGGCCGCUGAAGUUGCAACGCUCCAGGAAUCCAUCAAAACUUGUUUGACCGUCAUGACUGCCAACCUAUGCUUUGCCUUUCGAGCCAUGUGUCAAAAGCUGCUGCGAAAUACGCCAUCGGGAUCUGCUCAAAACUUGGAUGACUUUAAUCUGCUGUGGCGAAUGCAACAAACCGGGGCGGCGUCUCUGCUGGUGCCCGUACUCAUCUUCCAGCACAACAAAUUAUUCCAAGUGCUACUGGGACGAGAAAGUUGGGAGGCCGUGCGGUACUACUUUGGAUUGUCGUUGGUCAAUGCGUGGGCAUUUGCGACGUACAGUCUGGCAUCCACGUUCAUACUGAGCCGCAUCUCGGUUGUCCAGUACUCGGGAUUCGGUUGUCUGCGACGACUGUUUGCCAUUGUCGUAACCAGCAUUGCUUUUGGAGUGCCCAUCCACGCAGUGGGGGCAAUGGGCAUCUUCAUGUCCUUUUUUGGCUUUGCCGGAUUCACUCAUUAUCGAUUCCAGAGACAAGGCCAAGGGAAGAAGGAAGGCAGCUCUGGAAUUGCUACGAAACGUAUAAGCAUGAGCAACGAUGACAUGACUGCCCCCUUGAGCAGUGGUUCGCUUGGAUCUUCCUCGGAUGAAAUUGCUUGA